AUGGGGAAAGUUGCAGCACUACCUAUAGUAGGGAUGAUGAUGACUGAGUGUGCUGGAGCAGGGGUCAUAAUACUAAGCAAAGCAGCCAUGUCUACUGGCAUGAGCAACCUCAUCUUUGUCUUCUACUCCAACGCUCUUGCUUCCCUCAUCCUCCUCCCUACUUCUUUAGCCUUCCACAGAUCGCGUCCUCCUCUCACUUUCUCUGUCCUCUGUUGGUUCUUCUUGCUUGGUCUAAUUGGAUUCGUUGCGCAGUUUGUUGGGUAUGCUGGGAUUAAUUACAGCUCUCCUACUCUUGGCACGGCUAUGCUCAACCUCCUUCCUGCUUUUACCUUCAUACUGGCAGUCAUCUUCAGAAUGGAAACAGUUGACUGGAGAAGCUCCAGUACCCUAGCUAAAUCCUUGGGAACAAUGCUUUCAAUUUCAGGGGCAUUCAUUGUGACUCUUUACAAGGGCCCUGCACUUCUGUUGACAUCCUCAACUGAUAUAUUGUCUCAUAAACAACUUUUCUCACAACAGUCAAACUGGGUCAUUGGAGGAAUUCUCCUUUUGGUUUAUUGUGUGUUGGCUUCAUCAUCUUAUAUUAUACAGGCAUCAGUCAUAAAGAAAUACCCAGCAGAGCUAAUUAUGGUAUUUUAUUAUUGUUUCUUUGUGGCUAUUCAAGCUGUAGUAGUCUCUUUGAUUGUAGAAACAGACCUAAGUGCUUGGAGCUUGAAACCUAAAAUGAGGUUGAUCGCUGUUGUAUACUCGGCAGUUUUUGGCUCGACAUUUACGAUUGGUGUAACCACAUGGUGCCUUCAUAGGGCAGGGCCUGUUUUUAUAGCUAUGUUUAAGCCUUUGGGGAUUAUUGUUGCAGUUUCCAUUGGUGUUACUUUCGUUGGGGAUACUUUCUACCUUGGAAGUUUGGUAGGAGCAAUUGUAAUUGUCAUUGGUUUUUAUUCGGUGAUGUGGGGCAAAGCCAAUGAAGAGAAGAUGGAUGGUGGUGCUGAGACAAAGAGCUUGGCAACAAGCAACCAACGGGUUAUUGUGGAAUUGUUUGCUGAAGGCCAUGGAAAAUUGAGGAUAACUGGAAAACUCAUCCUUGCCAUCAGUUGUUAUACUCCAAUUCAGGCCUGA